AUGUCAGGAGUACAAGUCGAUGCUGAAAUCAACGGUUUGUUUAACGAUAUGAAGAUGAGAAGCACGCACAAGUUUGUAUUCUUUAACAUUGAAGGAAAGAAGAAAAUUGUUGCUGACGUGUGUGGGAAUCCAUGCAAAACUGAAACAAAAGAAGCGGAUGAAGCACAGUUUAAUAGAAUGAAGGAGCAACUCACCAAUGAGCCACGAUAUAUUUUGUAUGAUUUUGGAUUUAUGAAGAAGGACGGCAGGCGAGUUAAUAAGUUGGCAUUCAUCUUCUGGUGAGUGAGGCUGUUCUCUGUAUUUUUAACUGGUGACUGGGCAUAAAAUUUUCCUUUAGUCUCAAGAAAUUUUAGGCUGGAUUCUACUAGCUCGACAGAGUCAGAGUUGUAAGAGCAUGUUCCUUUUUUAACCUAGUAAAAAUAAUAAAUCUGAGUGGUAAAAACGGUUCUAGGUGCAACAGAAUUGGUAGCCUGCGUGACAGGCGUUUGAAAGGGGGGGGGGGAGAGGAUUCCGGGUGCGCAAGAAGCGCGAAAGACGUGUGAGGGGAGUGUAGGGAACGUCUGUAAGGACGCUACGUGUUUUUUUCGUUUUUCACAUCUACCGGAGUGAUGGAAAAAUAAUGAUUACCUUUAUUAAUGAUACCUUAAUCCGGUUGAUUGAAGUCACAAUGACAUCACGCUAUUUGAAUAACUUGAUCGAUCUACUAAUACCCAUAUGGCGAGUGAAGCCAGAAUAUCUAGAAACUACGAUAAACUCAACCGUACCCACAUACGGAGACGACGCUGGGAUUUGAACCCGGGCCAAAAUGGUGGGAGGUGAGUGCUCUUACCACUGCACCACCCCUGCGCCACCCUUGCUCCCUGAACUGAUGUAUCACUAAUAAAAGUGCAUUCAUCAAGAGAUUAUUAAAUAAAAAUUAAAGGUGUUGGGUACAUCUCUUUAGCUUUAGUUUGUAUGAUGAAGUACUCUCUUAUUGCCUGGUUCUCAUUUCUACUUAAGAACUGUUUAUAUGAGGUGAGGUCUGCUUGCUGAGAUCUUCCUUCGAGCAACCAAGAUCACGUAAACGUGGCAGCCUGCCUUCUCAUAUAAACACAACAACAAUUUUAUAAGGAAACAAGCCAUGAGCCGACCCAACCCCAUUAACAGGCUGAGCUGGUUCAUCUCAUCUCCUCUUUUUGUUUUAGGUGUGACGAAAAUGCAAAGAUUGCAGACAAAAUGAUUUACGCAUCUUCUAAAGACACCAUCAAAAAGUCCUUCACUGGUUUAUCACUGGAAUUCCAAGCAAACGAUGGGUGCGAUUUGGAUUACACAACUCUAAGCGAAGAAGUGGAAAAAAGAGCUUAG